ACUGUUUCUUCCGGUGCCGUAACCGUGUGUUCCUGGCGUCUGUUUCUGCUGUGGACUCAAGAGUGCAUCUUGGAGGCUGUUUUCACAUAAAUAAUCAUGUCUCUGGAGGUGGAAUCUGCAGACGUGGUCCGUCUGAUUAUGCAGUACUUAAAAGAGAACAAUCUGCACCGGACACUAGCCACUCUGCAGGAGGAGACGACAGUGUCUCUGAACACAGUGGACAGCAUAGAGAGCUUCGUGGCAGACAUCAACAGCGGCCACUGGGAUACUGUUCUACAAGCCAUCCAGUCCCUCAAGCUGCCAGACAAGACCUUGAUAGACCUUUACGAACAGGUCGUGUUAGAGCUGAUUGAACUAAGAGAGCUGGGUGCAGCUCGUUCACUGCUCAGACAGACCGACCCCAUGAUCAUGCUGAAACAGACCCAGCCAGAGAGAUACAUCCACUUGGAGAACCUGCUGGCUCGCUCCUACUUUGAUCCCAGAGAGGCGUACCCAGAUGGCAGCAGUAAGGAGAAGCGUCGGGCGGCCAUCGCUCAGGCACUGGCAGGAGAGGUCAGCGUGGUGCCUCCCUCUCGUCUCAUGGCUCUGCUGGGACAGGCUCUGAAGUGGCAGCAGCAUCAGGGUCUCCUGCCUCCCGGUAUGACCAUUGACUUGUUCAGAGGUAAAGCUGCCGUUAAAGAUGUAGAAGAGGAACGCUUUCCCACGCAGCUCAGCAGACACAUCAAGUUUGGACAGAAAUCUCACGUGGAGUGUUCCCGAUUCUCCCCUGAUGGUCAGUAUCUGGUCACUGGCUCUGUGGACGGUUUCAUCGAAGUCUGGAACUUCACAACUGGCAAAAUCAGGAAGGAUCUGAAAUACCAGGCUCAGGAUAACUUCAUGAUGAUGGAUGACGCUGUGUUGUGUAUGGGCUUCAGUCGGGACACAGAGAUGUUGGCCACUGGAGCCCAGGAUGGAAAGGUUAAGGUUUGGAAGAUCCAGAGCGGUCAGUGUUUGAGGAGGUUCGAGCGUGCCCACAGCAAAGGAGUAACAUGUGUCAGCUUCUGCAAGGACAGCAGCCAGCUCCUCAGUGCCUCCUUUGAUCAGACCAUCAGAAUCCAUGGACUUAAGUCGGGUAAAACUCUAAAGGAGUUCCGCGGUCACUCCUCGUUUGUCAACGAGGUCACAUUCACUCCGGACGGCCAUCACAUCAUCAGCGCUUCCUCUGACGGUACAGUAAAGGUCUGGAACGUGAAGACCACUGAGUGCACCAGCACCUUCAAGCCUCUGGGAACGUCAGCCGGCACUGACAUCACAGUCAAUAACGUCAUCCUGCUGCCCAAGAACCCGGAGCACUUUGUCGUGUGCAACCGCUCCAACACAGUGGUCAUCAUGAACAUGCAGGGACAGAUCGUGAGGAGUUUCAGCUCCGGUAAGAGGGAAGGUGGUGACUUUGUGUGCUGCACUCUGUCGCCCCGCGGCGAGUGGAUCUACUGCGUGGGUGAAGACUUUGUGCUCUACUGCUUCAGCACAGUCACCGGCAAGCUGGAGAGAACACUGACGGUACGUUACGGCACUCAGGAUCAGAGUUUCCAAAAAUACCACACCAUAUUCUGUCCUCUGUUCCUCCCCCAAGUUCUUAUCGCUGAAGUUUUGAAUAGCUGA